AUGUCGCAUUACCCACCCAACCAGUACGGUGACUACGGUCAGAACUAUAACCAGCAAGCCCAGGGCUAUCCGCCUCAGCAAGGAUACGGCGUCCCGCCGCCGCAGGGCUACUACCCUCCCGAACAGCAGCAGCAUGGCUACGGCCAGCCCCCCACUCAGUACGGCCCGCAGCACGAUCACCCUCCCCGCUACGAACAGCACCCGCAAGGCCAGUAUCCCGGCCCUGGGUACGGCGCCCCGCAAAUGCCUACCCAAGACCGCGGCCAGUCGCCCUAUCCACCCCAGCAACAGUACCAGCAGGGCGGCGAAAGCGCCUCGUACUACGGCGCAGCCCCGCCCACGCACCAGCAAGGCUACGCACCUGGCUCUGGUGGCCCCGAGGGCGAGAAGGGUCUCGGAUCGACACUGCUUGGCGGCGCAGCUGGCGGGUUCGCGGGCCACAAGUUGGGUGGUGGGUUCCUGGGAACUGCAGGCGGUGCUGUUCUAGGAGCUGUUGGUAUGAACAUGGCUACACAUGAGAUCAAGGACCACAAGAAGAAGAAGGACAAGAAGGACAAGAAACAUAAGAAGGAGAAGAAGCAUAAGGAUAAGCACCACAAGCGCCGCGGCUCGGGAUCUAGUUCCAGCUCGAGUUCUUCGAGUGAUAGUGACUAG